GGUGGCGCUGUUAAAAGCACCUCAACCACAGGCCACCAUAAUCCUCUCAAGACAAAGAUGUCUGAUUCGUUUCCUUUGUUGUGAUAGUGAAAAUACAAAUCGUACGGUUCUUAUUUGAUAUCCCCAAUUUUAAAAUAAAAAAUCAAACAGUUGUCUUCUGUCAGUAUUGACCAGCCGCAAAAAUGAGUGGCGGAGUGUAUGGCGGAGAUGAAGUUGGAGCUCUCGUCUUUGACAUGGGCUCAUAUUCAGUGAGAGCUGGAUAUGCAGGAGAGGAUUGUCCCAAGGCAGACUUUCCUACUGUGAUUGGUGUAACUUUGGACCGGGAGGAUGGCAGUACACCAAUGGAGACCGAUGGAGAGAAGGGAAAGCAGAGUGGCACCACCUACUACAUCGACACCAACCAGCUCAGGGUCCCUAGAGAAAGCAUGGAGGUCAUGUCACCUCUCAAAAAUGGAAUGAUUGAGGACUGGGACAGUUUCCAAGCCAUUUUAGAUCACACCUACAAAAUGCACUUCAAAUCAGAGCCCAGUCUGCAUCCAGUCCUGAUGUCAGAGGCCUCGUGGAACACACGAGCAAAGAGAGAGAAGCUGACUGAGUUAAUGUUUGAGCAUUACAACAUUCCUGCUUUCUUCUUGUGUAAAUCAGCCGUCCUGUCUGCGUUUGCCAAUGGACGGUCCACAGGUUUAGUGUUAGAUAGUGGAUCAACACACACAACUGCUAUUCCUGUGCAUGAUGGUUAUGUCCUGCAACAAGGCAUCGUAAAGUCUCCUCUUGCUGGUGACUUCAUGAGUAUGCAAUGUAGAGAACUGUUUCAAGAGUUAGGUGUUGAAAUAGUGCCUCCGUACAUGAUUGCAUCAAAGGAUUCAGUUCGUGAAGGAUCUCCAGCCAGUUGGAAGAAGAAAGAGAAACUACCUCAAGUUACCCGUUCAUGGCAUAACUAUAUGUGUAAUACUGUCAUACAAGAUUUCCAGGCCUCUGUGCUGCAGGUGUCAGAUUCACCCUAUGAUGAACAAGUAGCUGCCCAGAUGCCCACUGUUCAUUAUGAGCUGCCUAAUGGGUACAACUGUGAUUUCGGAGCUGAAAGACUUAAGAUCCCAGAGGGUCUUUUUGACCCGUCAAACGCUAAGGGUCUGUCAGGGAACACCAUGCUGGGAGUCGGCCAUGUUGUGACCACCAGCGUUGGCAUGUGUGACAUAGACAUUCGACCAGGUCUGUAUGGCAGUGUGGUAGUUACAGGAGGAAACACUCUCAUCCAAGGCUUUACAGACAGACUUAACAGAGAGCUCUCGCAGAAGACGCCACCAAGUAUGCGUUUGAAAUUGAUAGCCAACAACACAACUGUGGAGCGCAGAUUUAGCGCCUGGAUUGGGGGCUCUAUCCUUGCAUCUCUGGGAACUUUCCAGCAAAUGUGGAUUUCAAAGCAGGAGUAUGAAGAAGGUGGGAAACAGUGUGUUGACAGGAAGUGCCCUUAACCAGUUCCAUCAACACCUGGUUGCCUUCAGAGGGAGAAGAAAGAAAAAAAUAAAACAACACAACACCACCUAGUAGAAAAAGCCUUCUUAGUGGACUCAGGAACUAACAAGGACACUUACUGUUAUUUUUAGUGCAAACAAACCAUAUUUUAAACAGUUUGACAUGGUUGUACUUUUUUCUACUCUUCAACACAAUAUUUUCAUAUAUCCACUGACAAAAAUGUUUCUGACCACCUGAAUAAUUUUAAAUACCAGUGACAAGGUUAUGUCUUUUGGAACAUGGGAAUUAUAUCCCUCAAAUGUAUCAGUGCUCAGAACAGUUGAAAGAGUUUUUUUAAUUUACACCACUUUGCCAUUUCCUAGAAAAUGCACUGCAGGAAACCAAAUGUUUAUGCUUUUAACAAUUAAUGGGCUUUUUUGGGAAUAAAUUUCUUUUUUUUUUUUGUUAAACUGGUCUAAAUUUCUCUCAUAUUACUUAAAAGAGAUAAAAUUGUCAGUGUAGUGAUUGUGCACAUUUGUAUUUAAACUUUUGUUCUAAUAAUUAGUACAUUUCAACUUGUCUAUUCAGACAGUUAUUAAAGUUAUUCAAAAGAGAGAAUGAUUUGUAAUAAUAAUUUACGCAUUCAGACAUGAAAUGUAAAAAUGACUAGGUAAAUACAUACAAAACAGUCUCAGUUA